GCGUUGAGGAACGGCAAUCGGAGUCGAGAUUUUGAGACCGGUGUUACUGGAGUCCAUUCCUCAGUGGCCUGGGUUAGUAUUUGCUUCACCGUAGCUAGGGAACGUGUUUACUCGAUAUGCAGGAAUCGGGCAGUCACCAUGCCUCUACUAAUAUAGAUAACUUCACCGGUUAGUCCGCCUACUACAAACAUCACAAUCAUCCCUCGUGUAUUGUGUUUAAGGUGACAAAUAAGAGAUCACAGUGCUCGUCAACUCAGUAAGUACUCAGUGUUCGCGUUUGUAUUAUGGCUUCGGGAAACGAUCUCUCGUCUGGACUUUCAAGCAGAACACCCAGGGAAGAUUUGUUCGCCGGUAUAAACAACAGGUACGACGUCGGACGAUUAGAUCUCAGCUUUCAAACUCCUCGUUCGAGCUACGUCGAUACCGGCAGUUAUUACAAACCUGCUUCGAGAGACGGUAACGGGACGCCUCGUCCACCGAGUAGAGGCACAUAUCCGGAGCCAGCACAGAUAUUGCGGAUUUCCCACGAAAUACCUGGGGAGACGUUGUUUACCGAGUCAGACGGGUUCGAGCUCAUGAGUUCAUGUCAACUAAGAGACCAACUAAAGAGAGAACAACUGUUACGAAAAGAAAAGGAAGAUGAAAUUUAUCUUAUAAAGCACUCCAUGGGGACUGAAAUGAGGCCAGCAACUGCACCAGGUUCCAGAGCGCAUUCUUCAAUUGGCAAAAGUUAUGAUUUUGGAACACUAAUGGACACUGAUAGUGGUAUCAGUAAUGGCAUGUCAGCUAGAAGUCUAAAAUCCCCAAUGGGAAUGGCACCGCAUAUGGUCAACUUUGAUGACUCUUUAAAUAGUAGCCGCCAUGACUACCAGAGGAUGUCGCCUAGGCGACCCUCUUCCCCUUCACUAGGCGCUGAUGCAACCAAUUGGGGUGGAUCUCACCGAUAUCCAAACUCAGAGACUGUAAUUGAACAACUUGACCAUGAAUUAAAGACAUUAAAGUCAGCGUACAACUCCCUGCAAUCAGAACAUAGAAAAAGAGAACUGAUAAUAGACCAAACACACCAAGCACUGAAAAUGUUGGAAGAAGACAACAUUAAUGGACAGAGAACUAGAGAAACAAUGUUGAAAGAGGCGGCUGCGCUGCGGGAAGCGUUACAAAUGGCGAAGUUAAAGUGUGAGAAACUUGGAAUGGAGAAUGAAGAACUUGAGAAGAUUAGAGAGGUAAGAGAGUCAUCGUCUGCUCAAAAUUCCGACUUGACCAAUCAGCUAGCAGAAGUCAGACAAGCUAAGGAAGAUCUACAGAAUCAAGUUGAGGUUUUAAACCGAGAUUAUAACCGGACAAAAGAGGAUAGAGAUGAGCUCAAGAAAAAGGCUGUGCACUAUGAGGAAGCUGUGGCUGACAUCAACUCCAAAUAUAUCAGUGCUAAUGCUGAAAAAGAGAGACUAUAUCAAGAAAGAUUGGACUUGUAUCAAAAGUUACAACAAUUAACUGUUGAAAGGGAGCGUUUACUGAAAGACAAACAUGGUGUAGACCAACAACUUGGCGGAGUACAGAUUGAACUUAACCAGACUAGAUGUGACUUGGAGAGAAAAACAGAAGACCUGGAAAAAAUGGAGGAAGAACUCCAUGCUGUGAAAAAGGUUGGUGAGGUGCUAUCCAGUGAAAUGGCCAAUGCUAAAAUUCAGAUGGAGAAAGCACAAGAGCAGAGUAAACAACUCCAGUCUGACAAGAGACUGUCCUCUCAGCAACAGACAUUUAUGGAGGAUGAAAUAAAAAGACUAAAUUCGGAUAAAGAAAUUCUCUCACAGGUGAUAGACAAUUUGAAAGAAGAACACAAGAACGACAAAAGCAAAUUAAAUGAACAUAACGUCAAACUCAAGGAACAUUUAAAAGAAAUGAGAAAUGAAAAGAAUCAUUUACAAACGAGAUGCCAAGAACUUGACACGAAACUGCAACGUGCCAACAAGGAAGUGAAGCAAUAUUCGAUGAAUCGUCACGAAGAGCUGAACGAGUGGAAGAGUACAUGUGAGAGACUGACAGCAACCAUUAACAGAAAAGAAAGUGAAAUUAUUGCAUUAUCUACUAAAUUACAAGAGGCUAACGAUAAGAAUGCUCAACUUAGGACUGAUAGCCAGUCGUUACAAAUGCAACAAGAACACUGGACAGAAAUGAAGGAAGAAUUUGAGAGAUUACAGGAGGAGAAUAAAAGGCUGGUCCAAGAACACGCAGAAGACCAACAAGUUAUCCAUCUUUUGGAGAUGCAGAAGAACAUUCUGACAAAAAAUAAUCCUUCAGUGAGUCCAAGAUUUACUCAGGAACAGCUACAAGCCCAAGUUGAUCAUCUCAAAGCUGAACUUGGACUUGCACAGUAA